AUGCUAAAAAAUAGUCUUAAGAUCGCCACACUUUUUAAACGCCAGUUUUCCUCUGCUUUAUAUAUAACCGGUGAUAAGGCCCAAACAAAUUUUGCAGUUUUAACUCCAGUUAUCGAGUUUGAUGAGCAAAUUAAGCAUAAGGAAAAAUUGGCUAAAAAUAUCCAAGAUAGAAACCUAUCUACUGAUAUUGACAAAGUAGAAGAAAAAUGGCGUUUUUUCAAGGAGCUGGAAGGAAAGCUGAGCCUGCUAGAACAGACUAGAAUAGAAAUAGGUCGUAAUCUUCAUAAUUUAGGAAAACAACCGGCCGAUCCGAAUAUAGAAAAAGAGAAAGAGAAGCUGAUGACGCACCUAAAGUUGCUAAAAGAAGAUAUAAAAAAUAUGCGCCAAAUGUCUUAUAGAGUGGAAGAGGGUGCAAUCCUUGAGGUACUCAAUUUGCCUAACAAAUUACAUCCUAAAACCCCAAAAGCCCGUGAAGAAGAAUUAUUUAGGUAUCUUGAAGCAAACCCCACUAAAACCGAUAGUCAUCUGGCAAUAGGUGAGCGGCAAGGAUAUUUAAAACUAAUCAACCAUAUGAGUUGCUAUUUAAAGGCCGAUGCCGCCUUCUUGGAACAAGCUUUACAAAAUUAUUGUGCAAAAGAGCUGCUUCAUUUAAACUAUACGCAAUUCUCUAAUGCGGAUUUUGUGAAAACUGUCGUUGCAGAGGGUUGCGGUGCCGAACCAAACGAAAUGUUAACAAUGGAAACUAUUCAUUGUACAAAAAGUGAUGAUUUAAACAAGUUGCAUAUCGCUGGCUCAAGCUCGUUGCAUUCAUUUAUGGCAUACUUUACAAAACAUUUUGUGCAAACCACAUAUUUCCCUAUUAAAGCGUUUUCUGUCGGCCGAAGGUACCAAGUGGCCAACGAAAACGCCCCACUAAGUCUGUUCAACUUAAAUCAAACCUCUGAGGUUGGCAUGUUUAUUGCCUCCAAUAAAUUAGAUGAUAAUUUCCUUGAAAAUAUCGUCAAUGAAGUUAGCACUGUUUAUCAACGCUUGGGGAUGCAUUUUAAAAUCGUUUUAAUGCCCGCAAAUCGGCUUAAAAGAGCCGAAAGUCUCCGGAUGUCUGUUCAAAUGUUCUCCAACCAUUUGCAAGAUUAUAUUGAAGUAGGAAACGUUUCUUUUUACGGCGACUAUAUUAGCAAAAGACUUCUGUUUAAUUAUAGCGAAAAUAAAGAGCGGAAAUAUCCAAUAGUUGUUGGCGGUUCUUUAUUGAAUAUACACAAAUUUCUUGGUUGUGCCCUUGAACACAAUUCUAUUGAGGGCAAACCUUUGUUAAAUGAUUUUCUUUUAAGAUAUGUGAGUUAAAACAAAAAUUACUUUUUAGUUAAAA